GCAGCGGGAGGCCGGUGUUAGCAGCAGCCGUCAGAGCCGAGCUGAGCCGCGGGGAGCUGUCGCUGUUCAGGGCCGACUAGCGACUGAAACUUCACUGCCAAGAUGUCCGACGAGGAGCAAGAGCAGACCAUAGCCGAGGACCUGGUGGUCACCAAGUACAAGAUGGGUGGUGACAUCGCCAACCAGGCUCUCCGUCUGGUUGUGGAAACAGCCAAGCCCGGGGUGUCAGUGCUCAGCCUCUGUGAGAAGGGAGAUGCCUACAUCAUGGCUGAGACUGGAAAGGUCUUCAAGAAGGAAAAGGAAAUGAAGAAAGGAAUUGCCUUUCCCACCAGCGUCUCAGUCAAUAACUGUGUUUGCCACUUCUCUCCCCUGAAGAGUGACCCUGACUACACACUUAAAGAUGGGGAUCUGGUCAAAAUAGAUCUAGGAGUUCACGUUGAUGGCUUCAUCGCCAAUGUUGCCCACAGCUUUGUGGUGGGAGCCAGUAAGGAGAACCCUAUCACUGGAAGGAAAGCUGAUGUAAUCAAAGCGGCCCAUCUGUGUGCAGAAGCAGCUCUCCGCCUUGUUAAACCUGGUAACCAGAACACCCAAGUGACAGAAGCCUGGAACAAGAUCGCUCAGUCGUUCAAAUGCUCACCAAUUGAGGGUAUGCUGUCUCAUCAGCUAAAGCAGCAUGUCAUAGAUGGAGAGAAGACCGUCAUUCAGAACCCGACAGACCAGCAAAGAAAGGACCAUGAGAAAGCAGAGUUUGAGGUACAUGAAGUCUAUGCUGUGGACGUCUUGAUUAGCACUGGAGAAGGGAAGGCCAGAGACGGAGGUCUGAGGACCACCAUCUAUAAGAGGGACCCCAGUAAGCAGUACGGCUUGAAGAUGAAAACUUCCCGUACAUUCUUCAGUGAAGUGGAACGACGCUUUGAUGCCAUGCCCUUUACUCUACGGGCGUUUGAGGAUGAGGCCAAAGCCCGUCUGGGUGUGGUGGAGUGUGCCAAACAUGAACUGGUACAGCCCUUCAGCGUGCUACACGAGAAAGAGGGAGAGUGUGUAGCUCAGUUUAAGUUCACAGUGCUGCUGAUGGCCAACGGGCCUCACAGAAUCACCAACGGACCCUUCGAUCCAGAGCUCUACAAGUCAGAGCAUGAAGUUCAGGAUGCAGAGCUACGGACUUUACUACAAAGCUCUGCAAGCCGUAAAACACAGAAGAAAAAGAAAAAGAAGGCCUCAAAGACAGCAGAAAAUGCAACUGGACAGCCGACCGAGGACACAGAAGCUGCAGAAUAAACGAGCACUGCCUUUCCACACAUGCAAGACCCCAAAGAGAAGCAAGAGAACACAUGACAAAUUGCCCCACUCUCUGCCCAGUGUACAUCUAACAGAGCUGUUUUCACUAAUUAAACCAAUGAGUUUUGGAUCCUACACGGAGGCUUAACCCUUUACUGCAUUCAUUAAAAGUACCAUGUUGCUCUUUCCUCCCUGACUUCAGUAGGAAAUAAAGAAUAUUUGCAAGUAGUUUUACAUCUUUGAGAAGACUUGUUGCCAAAUGGUGCGCGUGCGACUGGUGCCAAAUCCUUUGGUCCUCAUAAUGUUUGUAUUUUUUUUCCUUUUCAAGUAAAACUGAAGCUUACAGUGGGCAUUAUUGGGAUUGGAUCAGUCUGUAUUUUUGUAAUUCAGCUGCAGGUGAAGAAAUAUUGGAUAGUAUCAACAGAAACGUGGCUCAUAUUCAUGAACUCAAUGUUUCUUUCUCUAAGCACUUCAUGGAUUCUCCUGUUUGAAUAGGAUGGUCCGACUGCGCAGUCACAUGAUGUUUCCCUUUGGCAACAAAGCUACAACAAGUUAUCUAAACUUGUUUAUAUCUAAAUGAGAAUUUGUAGUAAAAAUGAAUAUUCAGAUAUUUUAUCGAAAAGUUUACAAGCACUUUGUCACCUCUUUCGUGUCUUAAUGAUGAGAGAAGACGAGUUUAUUCAUUCAGCGCUUUAUAAAAAAUGGACCUUUAACAUUUAAAAUCAUGUCAUACAUAUUUUUUCUUAACUCAACUGUGCAGUAAAGGGUUAAAUUAUAAAUUUGUCUCACUUGUGAAAUGACAAACUAAAAAAGGUAACAAAAUUGACAAUGAAGUAAUGACAAGGAUUGUAAUAUGAACGAAGGCUUUUGCAUCAGAGUUAAUGUAGUGAGGGUUUAUGGUUACUCUUCCAUCAUACAGGCCAGAUUUAACCACACUAGAUUCCUUUAAAGCAAUAACCUGAGCAGAAGACUGGAGUAUUUUUAAGUAUACGAGCAAAAAUCUGUUGUAAUCAGCUUGACUUUUGGGAACAAAACCGCUACAUUUACUGCCAUUCCCCUUGAAUUUUAUGAAACGACGGAAAAUCUCUACGUUCCAGUUUUGAAGAACUUUUCUAUCAGUGACGCCUGUUACUUGCUUUAUGACAUCAUUGGUUUGGUGAAGCAUGAAAACUGAAGCUGACCACACUUUAACAAAAGGUUUUAUGGAUGUCUUCAGUGGAAUUGGACCAGUCGGAGAUUAUUUUGAGUCUGGGUCAGUGUUGGGUCAGAUUUGUCAACAGUUGAACAUGUUGAGAAAAGUAAAAUCCUGCUUUGUAGCUCAGUCAGUGGGCAAUGGAACUUUACAUCUAAUGAAAUAAAACAUUUUCAUACA